CACAAGCAAGGUCCCUUACUGUCUCACACUUCCCAAUCCGCACACCACGGUCCUGUCUUAUUUGCCUGCUCAGAGCUGCGCUGCUGCUCGCCAACCUGCCAGUACUCCGUUUGAUUCAUCUGCCAACCGCCACGAUGCUGGUCCGCGGCGCGCUCUGUCGCUUGACAGCCGAUGUACCCAAAACAUCCGCACACGACCUCCCGCAGCUCGCCCGCUUCCUGCAACGCGCUCUUCUCGCCCGAAAUGCUUCCAAACUACCAGCUGUCCGCGCGCUCUCACGCGCCUACGUAUCUGCCCUUGACUUACGUCGCUCCUAUGCUACCACGACGCGCGCAACCGCAACUAAGCCGACGGCAGCGGUGAAGAAGGCAGUCAAAGCGAAGGCAGUGAAGAAGGCCGCACCAAAGAAGAAGGCAGCUUCUGUGACUGUGAAGAAGCCUAAGAAGAAGAAGGUCGUAUCCAAGACAGCCGCUCCCAAAAAGGCCGCCCCAAAGAAGCGUGUGAAGAAGGUGCUUACUCCCGAGGAGCAGGAGAAGGCAACAAUCUCUAAGCUGCGGAAGCAAGCUCUCAAGGAGCCUUUCCCCCUCGGCGCGCUCACAGGAUUCAAUGCAUACAUAGCCGAAAUAUGUGGCGGCCCCAUCAAAGGACAAUCGCGUGGAGACGCGACACGAAAUGUCACAGACGCGGCUAAAAACUGGAAGAAUCUGACCCCCGCAGAGCAUGAACACUACAACCACCUUGCGAAUGAUAAGAAUGUAGCCAGACAAGCCGAGCUUCGAGCUUGGAUCCACUCUUACACUCCCGAAGAGAUUAGAAUUGCCAAUAAUGCUCGCGCCGCACUUCGGAGGAAACUUGCGGGCACUCCGACGAAGAGGAAGUAUCCUGCCCAUACCAGUAAACUUCAUGAUGAUCGGCAUGUGAAAAAGCCCGCUUCGGCUUACCUACUCUUUAACCUGGACCGGUACGCCAGCGGAGACUUAAAGGGCAUCAAGACUACAGAUGCUGCUAAACUCGUUGGCAAUGAAUGGAAAGCAUUGAGUGCGGGCGAGAAGAAGAAAUACGAAGAUGAAGCAAAGGCCAAGAAGGAAAAGGCUGCCCGCAAGACGGUUGCGGCGUCCACUUGAUUCAAUGUCCUACCUUGAUUACAGCAAUGUCUCCUCAUGGUUGUAACUUUGCCCUGUACGAGUUAAUGGGCUGUGGAACUGGUUAUGGCGCAGGUAUAUCUAUCGACGUGUACUCGGGCUCGGCGACAAUUUCAUUUUACGAUUAUGUUUUGGACCGUACAACCUCGUGACGCGUCUGAUCUGGAUACCAGACGUUACACUCUGUGUAAAGCUUGCAACUUGUCAGGUUUUCUUGCUUUCAGGAUUGUUCCAUACAGGUAUUGUAGGGUAGCAAUGUCCAUCAGUUCUUAAUAGGCCGU